GUACGCGAUGGGCGCCGUCGGCGCUCAAGCUCGGGACCGCCGCGACGGCUCCUCGGACGGCAGCGCGACGGAGGCGGAGGACGGCGCCGCUGGCGCGGGUCCGAGGAGCGACACGGGUGGAUUCCCGAGCUUGAGAGCCGGGAGCGAAGUCUCCGGCGCGGAGCACGCGAGCGGCGUCCCGUUCGCCGCCGCUGGGGCGCGUUCGGCGGCGGCGCCGCGGGCGGUCUGAACCCGUUCGUCGCGAUGCAGGCGAUGCAUGCGAUGCAGGCGAUGCAGCACGCGGGCGUCGGCGGAAGUCCGUACGGCGCCGCGACCGCGCUGGGCGCGGGGAUGAACCCCGAGAGCGUCCAAGCCGCGUUGGCGGCGGCGCAGAUGGGAAUGUUCGGGUCCAACCCGGCGACGGCGGCGGCGGCGGCUUCGCGGUUCACGGGCGGGUUCAACCCGUUCGCGGCGGCGUUCCCGGGAGCGUUCGGUUCGGGCGGCGGCGCGACGGUGGCGCAGCCCGCGACGAGCGGGGACGCGCCGAGCACGUCGGGGGGCGCGCCGGCGGCGACGACGUCGGCGCAGCCGACGUCGACGGCGGCGGCGCCUCCGGGUUUCUUCCCGCCGAACGCCGCGGUGGACGCGGGCGCGGGCUCGGCGAUGACCGCGGCGGCGCCGACGCCGACGCCGACGCCCGCGGUCCCGAACUGGGCGUCGUUCAUGCAGAUGAUGGGCCCGAUGAUGGGCCCGGCGAUGGCGGCGAUGCAGCAGAUGCAAGCGCAGCACGCGCAGCAGCAGCAGCAGCAGCAGCAGCAGCAGCAGCAGCAGCUCUCCGCGGCGGCGGCGUUCGCGUCGAUGUCGCAGCCCGGGGUGGACCCCGCGGCGGCGAUGCAGGCCGCGGUCGCGGCGAUGCAGGCGGCGAUGGCGGGAAACAACCCGCCGGCCGCGGACGGCGGCAGCGGGAACGACAGCGGCCACGACAGCGGCGGCUCGGGAGGGGGGAGCGCGCCGCCGUCGACGCACCCCGUCAAGGAAUAUCUCGAGACAGGGGCGGACGGCGCGAAGCGGUUCAAGGUGUCGAACGACGCCGCGCAGGACCGCGCGGGGCACGCGGGGUAAAUAGGACGAGCGUCGAGAUGGAGAGGAGAAGACGACGACGACGACGACGACGGCGACGAGGCGACGAGGCGAGGCGAGACGGAGACGGAGCGCCCUCAUACUAGGGGGAACAUGUUCAGAGGACAAAAUGAUUCUUUUAGCUUCCAUCUAGUUUUGACAAACAUUCACUCUACAUACGU